AUGAUGAUUUAUAAACACGACCCAUACAUCAAAAUAUACAUCAAAGAUCUCGAAACAGGAGAAAAAACAGAUAUUUCAAAAUUAGUGUCUGGUAAAAGCAUUCACAAUCGAUGGGCAUACAAUCCGUCCAUGUUGCUCCAGUUCACCAGAUGUCUUGCCCGAAAAGUAGACGAUGACGGAUCCUUGGCCGGAACGUUCGCCAUAACAUACGACGUAUGGGUCAAGGUCAACAACAGAUUCAGACGGAGACUGUACGACCCAGACAUGGACAUGUUAACAGCAAGAUGGGACUUCUUCUCUAAAACGGAAUGGGUUUUACCACCGUUACCAGACUACUGGGAAAUGCGGAACAAGAAGAUGGAAAUGAUAAGGAAAUUCAACGAAACUGCCUUCAGAUUCCAAUCGGAUCUGCCAGGGUAUACAGAUGUGAUGCCAGUAAGCAAUAAAUCGGACUUAACAAUCGGCGUAAUGAAAGGAAAAGUGAUCCUAGAAGAUCCCCUCACAUCUGAAAAUGUUACCCUGGACAAGGGAGAGUCAUUACUGUUCCCACCAAGAGAAACAUUUAAAAUACACACAGUUUCUGACGAACCGUCGUACAUAAGCAUCAGCCAGCCAAAGGAUAUGAAGUUUGACAGGUAUCAGAAAGCUUUAGAAGCCAAAGAAAAGGGCGAAGAUCCAGAAGGAAAACUUAUGAAGGAGUUUCGCAAAGAUGAUAAAGACAUAUAUGUAUUUGACCAAUGGAUAGCUGAAAUCAAACAGGAAAAGGAGACUCCCAUAGGACCAGGAUGGACAUGGGACGGUUUUGUCACUUCCAUCAAAAAACGCUUCUUUUUGAUUAAACAUGGAUUAUUCUAUGCGACAGCUGCUAUCCGCAGUAUACUCGGAGGGAAACCUUUUGAGGAAUAUGCAAAGGCUUCUAAAACAUAUUUUGAUUCUGUGGUUUAA